CCUACCCGGGCUCUGGGUCUGGGGGCGAGCGUACCAUCCCGAGUUCCUUCUCCAGACAUGCUGCCGGAGGCGGGCGCCCCGUGGCUGCUGAGGCUCCUGCGGGACACCCAGCUGGCCCAGUUUUACCGGUCCAUACUCGAGGAGCUGAACGUUACCCGGCUGGAGCACUUCGACUUUGUGAGACCUGAGGAUCUGGACAGCAUUGGCAUGGGCCGGCCUGCCCAGCGCAGACUGGCUGAAGCUCUGAAGAGGCACCGUUUGGGGCAGAAGCCUAAGAACUGGGUCUACAAGAUCCUUGGGGGGUUUGCCCCUGAGCAGAAAGAGACCACCCCACCUUCAGACAACCCUCCAUCCCUCCCUGAGCCAGAGGGAGGACUCAAGUGUCUGAUCCCAGACGGUGCUGUGUGCAGAGGGGAGCUGCUGGGCUCCGGCUGCUUUGGUGUGGUGCACCGCGGGCUGUGGACACUGCCCAGCGGUCAGAGUGUCCCAGUGGCUGUCAAGUCCCUCCGGGUGGCUGCCGAGGGCUCCGGGGGCACAGAGCUGAGGGACUUCCUUCGAGAGGUGUCGGUCAUGAUGAACCUGGAGCACCCACAUUUGCUGCGUCUGCACGGGCUCGUGCUGGGCCAGCCUCUGCAGAUGGUGAUGGAGCUGGCGCCGCUGGGCGGCGCCCGGGGCCGUUACGUGAUGGGGGGGCCCCGCCCCAUCCCCUAUGCCUGGUGUGCCCCAGAGAGCCUACGCCAGGGGGCCUUCUCUUCUGCCUCGGACGUGUGGAUGUUCGGCGUGACGCUGUGGGAGAUGUUCUCUGGGGGCAAGGAGCCCUGGGCCUGGGUCCCGCCCUACCUCAUCCUGCAGCGGCUGGAGAAGGACCAAGCCCGGCUGCCUAGGCCUCCUCUCUGCCCCAGGGCCCUCUAUACCCUCGCCUUGCGCUGCUGGGCCCUCCACCCUGCUGAUCGGCCCAGCUUCUCCUCCCUGGAGGGGCUGAUCCAAGAGGCCUGGCCUCCUGAGGGGCGCUGUGUGAGGGAUGUCUCAGAGCCAGGUGCCCUGAGGAUGGAGUGCGGUGAUCCCAUCACUGUCAUCGAGGGCAGCCCCAGCUCCACAACCUGGAAGGGCCAGAAUGGCCGCACAUUAAAAGUGGGCAGCUUCCCAGCCUCGGCAGUGACGCUGACCGACCUGAAGGGCUCGCCGGCCACCUGUCCCGUCCACAGAGGCUCCCCUGCCUGGGGAGAGCAGAGACGGGGAAGUGUGGACGGGGCCAGAGCCAAGGCCAAGCUUCGGGAGCCACCUCCCGCUCAGGGUCAGAGAAGGAACAUGCCCCUGCAGAGGAGAAAGGGCAUUUCCAAGAGUCUGGAAUCUGUUCUGUCCCUGGGCCCCUGCCCCACAGGGGGUGGUUUGAGCCCCCCUGAAGUUCGAAAAGCCAGAGAUGUCCCUCAGGGGCCCCCAGGCCUGCCACCCCGCCCUCCCUUUGCCUCCGGCUCUUCUCAGUCCAACCAGCCCCCCAGGGAGCGGCCUCCCUGGCCCAAAAGAGAACCCCUGCACAGUCACCCCUUGGGAGCACCUGGAGCCAGCAAAGCCGCUGUUCUCUCCGGAGGUCUCUUGCCCGACCCCGAUUUGCAGAAGAGGGUUUUGGAGGUGGAGCUGAGCGUACAUGGAGUGACCCACCAGGAGUGCCAGGCGGCACUGAGAGCCACUGGAGGAGAUGUGGUUUCUGCUAUCCAGAACCUUAAGGUAGACCAGCUCUUCCACCUGAGCAGCCGGUCCAGAGCCGACUGCCGGCACAUCUUGGAGCAUUACCACUGGGACCUCUCAGCGGCCAGUCGCUAUGUCCUGGCUCGACCCUAAGCUCUGCUCCUUUAGACAUGGACACCAGAUGCACCAAGGAGCUGACCCUGUGGGGGCGAGCAGAGCAGAACAAGGUCCUGAAAGGGUCUAUGUUCUAACCUGGAGAGAGCCUGCCAUAGGCAGGUCCAGGAGUCCAGAGUUGGGCACUGAUGCGUGUUUCCUCCUACCCUGCCUCUUGGCCUCUGAAGGCUCAAGCUCCCUUGGCUGGGUCACGGAAGGAUCUAGUCCACCCUUGCCCACCACAUUGCCAACCGGGAGGAGGACUUGGAGGAACAGAGCUGCUACCCACCAUCCCCGUAGGAAGCUUGUACUGGCUACAGAGAAUGCCCAAGUGGACAUACUGAACCCUGGGAACACCCAUCCUGAGCUGCCUUCAGCUCCACACUGAGCUCCGGGGGCACAGCCAUCUCGGAUGAUGGGAGCAGCCAUACUGACUUAGGGCACGUGGCCCAAGCUGCCGGGGCCGGGGCCGGAGCCAUCAUGGGUGACGAAAGUUGCUGUCUAGGAUGCAAGGACACUCGAUCCUGGCAGCAUGGAUUACGAGACGAGACGAGAUGGGCAGCCCCACCCGGCCCAGCUGCCAUAUUUCCCUUUGUUUCUCCCCAUACCAACUUUCUUCCACCCUCUCCCAUGACAUAGAUCUUCCAAUGUCCAAAACGUUACAAAGUUUAUAUGAAUAUAACAUACAAAGAUGCA